AACCUUUAUUUGGGAAUUGUUUCUGUGGAGACGCUUUUAGGGGUGACACGUUUGCUUUUGCCAUUAAUGUAAAUAAUGUGCUUUUCGCUGUUGAGGUUGUUAUUUUUAUACAUUUAGCUCAUCGGAUUUUUUGUGCAUCCCUUGCCCUCAGGGUUCACGUUCAUCAUGAAUGUGAAUCAGGGUACAGUGGGCAGCGAUCCGGUUAUACUGGCCACUGCUGGAUAUGAUCACACCGUCAGAUUCUGGCAGGCCCACAGCGGCAUAUGCACAAGAACUGUCCAACACCAAGACUCUCAAGUUAACUCCCUUGAAGUAACACCUGAUAGGAGUAUGAUUGCUGCUGCUGGGUAUCAGCAUAUACGCAUGUAUGACUUAAACUCGAAUAAUCCAAACCCAGUGAUCAAUUAUGAUGGGGUCAGCAAGAACAUCACAUCCGUUGGCUUUCACGAGGAUGGUAGAUGGAUGUACACGGGUGGAGAAGACUGCAUGGCUCGAAUCUGGGAUUUAAGGUCGAGGAAUCUACAGUGCCAACGAAUCUUCCAAGUAAAUGCACCUAUUAACUGUGUGUGCCUUCAUCCCAAUCAGGCCGAAUUAAUUGUUGGGGACCAAAGUGGUGUUAUUCACAUCUGGGAUUUGAAGACCGACCACAACGAACAGCUCAUCCCAGAACCAGAUGUGUCCGUGAAUUCUGUUCACAUCGAUCCUGAUGCCAGUUAUAUGGCAGCAGUCAACA